UAGACAAAGUGAAACGACUGGUGAGGUUUAAACAUCGAGUGUCAUAGAAAGGUCCUCACUUUUGAUAUAUUGCAGCAUGUUGUAUGAUAUGCAAAUGAACUUAUUGAGAGCUUUAAAGAAUUAGAUUUAGCUUGUGAAAUGGACUGUAGCAAUUACAGCAUGGGGAUGACAUUCCUUUGUAUGUCUCUGCUGCUUGUCUUCAGCUUCCUGGGAUCGCAAGCAGAACGAUUAAAGGUGGCUGGUCCCGAUGCUCCUGUUUUUGCUGUAGCUGGUGAAGACCUGGUUCUGCCAUGUUUUAUCAAACCCAGUGCCAGCGCAGUGGACAUGAGAGUGGAGUGGUUCAGACUAGAUGCAGAGGACUCAUUAGUGCAUCUCUAUAAAGAUCAGAAAGACAACAAUGAGAAGCAGGCUCAGUCCUACAGAGGAAGAACAUCGCUGUUUAAAGAGGAGCUACAGAAAGGCAACGCUUCACUUAAACUUUCAGCUCUCCGAUUCUCUGAUGAAGGAGAAUAUAAGUGUCUUGUUGAGGACAAAUCCUGGUACGAUGACAUCACUGUGAAAGUCACUGUCAAAGUUCUGGGAAGCCGCCCAGUGAUCAGGAUGGAGAGUUUUGAUAACUCAGGAGGGAUUAAUCUAGUGUGCGAGUCCAGAGGAUGGAAACCUGAACCUGAGGUUCUGUGGCUGGACAGAGAAGGAGUCACUCUGCCUGCUGAAGAUACACAGAUACACAGAGACACCGAGGGCUUUAAUGUUAAACGCAGCAUCACUGUUUAUGAUUCUAGCGACUCCAACAGGUUUUACUGCAGACUUCAGCAAAAAGAUCACUUGAUGGAGACAGACAUUAUCAUUAAUAGUGAAGUAUUUGCAGCUUGGAAGAUAGCUGUCAUAAGUAUUUUCCUUUUAGUAUUGUUAACCACAGCUGGAUUUAUCUUAACAAUUACAUGUGCCUAUCAAAAGACAGCAAUUCAGAGAAUAAUGGAAAAGCAAGAAAUUCAGAGGAAAAUUCUAGAGAAUGAUUUUGAAAUGGAAAAACAAUAUGCAGACAUUCAGAGGAAACUGCUAGCAGAUCAGUUUGAAAAGAAAAUGAAGUAUACAGUGGAUGUGACUCUGGAUCCUGAUACAGCUCAUCCCAAACUUAUCCUGUCUGAAGAUGGAAAACAAGUGACGCAUGAAGACAAGUGUCAGGAUCUCCCUGAUACACCAGAGAGAUUUGAUUACAGUCCCUGUGUUCUGGGAAAGCAGAGUUUCUCCUCAGUGAGAUUUUAUUAUGAGGUGCAGGUCAGAGGGAAAACUGCAUGGGAUGUUGGAGUGGCCAAAGAGUCCAUUAACAGGAAGGGGAAGAUUACUCUGAAUCCUCAGAAUGGAUUCUGGGCUGUUGUACUGAGGAAUGAGAAUCAGUACAGGGCUUGUGCUGGUCCUGCUGUUUCCCUCACACUGAGAGAGAAGGUGGAGGUGGUGGGGGUGUUUGUGGAUUAUGAAGAGGGUCUGGUCUCCUUUUAUGAUGUGACGUCCAGGUAUCAUAUCUACUCUUUCACUGGUCAGUCUUUCACUGAGAAACUCUAUCCAUUUUUCAGCCCAUGUAAUAACAAAAAAGGUCUAAAUGUAUCUCCACUCAUUAUUGCCUGGAAACUCAGUAUCAUGGCUUCCUCCAGCAGUUUUCUGUCUGAAGAGCACCUGCUAUGUUCGAUCUGUCUGGACGUGUUCACCCAUCCAGUCACUACUCCAUGUGGACACAACUUCUGCAAAAAAUGCCUUGCAGGAUAUUGGGAUAGCAGUGACCACUAUCAGUGUCCACUGUGUAACAAGAGUUUUGAGAUGAGACCAGAUAUGUCCAUUAACACUUUGAUAUCUGAAACAGCUGUUCAGUUUAAACAAUCAGUUCAAAGAAAUACUGCCAGCACUUCAGAGAAAAAUGCCUGCGCAUCAACUAAGGUGUUAUGUGAUGCCUGCACUGGUGUCAAACGGAGCUCCGUGAAGUCAUGCCUUAAUUGUGGAGCAUCCUACUGUGAGAUUCACCUACAGCCUCAUAAGACUAUACAAAACCUGAAGAAACACAAACUAAUAAACCCUGUGGAGAACCUAGAGGACUACAUAUGCCAGAAACAUGAAAGACCUCUGGAGCUGUUCUGUAGAGAUGAUGAGACAUGUUUGUGUCAGUUCUGCAUUGAAGGAGACCACAAGAAUCACAACACUGUUCCUAUAGAGGAGGCAAAUGAAGAAUUGAAGGCUUGCUUGAAGAAAACCCAAACAGAAGUGCAACAAAUGAUCCAGGAGAGGUUAGAGAAGACUGAAGAGAUUGAGCGUUCACUGCAGAUCAGCAAAAAAAGCACAGAGGAAGAGAUUUCACAAGGUGUUGAAGUCUUCACUGCUCUGAUUCGCUCCAUUGAGAAAAGUCAGGCUGAGCUGCUCGAGGUGAUGGAGGAGAAGCAGAAAGCAGCAGAGAGUCAGGCUGAAGGACUCAUUAAAGAGCUGGAGCAGGAAAUCACUGUGCUAAAGAGAAAAGAUUUACAGCUGAACCAGCUUUCUGAUGCUAAAAACUAUCUCCAAAAAAUUCAGAUUUACUCCUCCAUGUCAAGCCCUCCACACACCAAGAACUGGACUGAGAUCAGUAUGAACACUGAUCUCAGUAAGAAGACUCUGCAAAAAUCUUUGUCUCAUCUUCACAAAGAGCUCAACAGUGAAAUGGAUAAAGAAAUGCAAAAAUUAAAGCAAAUGAAUCGGCAUAAGGCAGAAGCCUUGAAAAGUAUACUGCUGUAUCUUGUACUGCUAGCGCCUUUCCUCAUACCAGCGAUGAAACCAGUCUGGAUUCAGAUUUAUGCAGUGAAUGUGACACUGGAUCCUGAUACAGCAAAUAGGUAUCUCAUCUUGUCUCAGGAUGGAAAACAAGUGAGGAGUGAGCCACACUCAUGGAAAAGUGUUCCAUACAACCAAAAAAGAUUUAAUGAACCGUAUGUCUUAGCAAAGGAGGGUUUUUCCUCAGGCAGGUUUUAUUAUGAGGUGCAGGUCACAGGGAAAACUGAGUGGGAUUUAGGAGUGGCCAGAGAAUCUGUUAGCAGGUACGGGCCAUUUUAUUCUAAUCAUAAUGAUGGGAUCUGGUCUAUGAUUAAAAGGAAUGGCAAGGAUUACUUGGCUUGUGCUGGCUCUUGUGUCAGACUCUCUCUGAGAGAGAAAAUGGAGAAGGUGGGUGUGUUUGUGGAUUAUGAGGAGGGUCUGGUCUCCUUUUAUGAUGCUAAGGCCAGGUCUCAUAUUUACUCUAUAACUGGUCAGUCUUUUACUGAAAAACUCAAUCCAUUAUUCAGUCCAGGUUUUAAUUUUAACAAUGACAACUCAGCACCACUGAUCAUCUGUGAUGUAUAUGAGUACUUGAAUACACUGAGAAAUUUUUUCCCCCGUGCAGCAAUAUGGCAGUGGUUUUAAAGCCCAUGAUUUUUUUGGUUUUGAAUCUUACAAACCUUUAUUCUGAUCAGAAGUACGUGGAAGCGGUAGAUAAUUAAUGAUUGACAAUUACUCUGUCACUGCAAUGUAAAUAACUCAUGCAGUGCCAGUGUUUGAAUCUGCUAGUGCCAGAGCGUCUGGGAAAGAAAGAGUGAUGCUUUAACAAAACUCACACACAAGUCAUGAACACAAAUGGUGUGGUAGUGGAUUUUCUACAGAUGAUUAGCAGUAUAGUUUUUGUGGAAAGUGCAUAAAUGAGUUUAUUUACUUAUUUUUGGGGGCAGUUUUUUACUAAAUGCAGCCAAAUAGUUGUUUUAUGUUGUUUUGACAAUCACACAUAUUGUUAAACUGGAUUGACUUGGUGCAUUUUGUAUAUUCAGGUCCAACCCAUGAGAAAAAAGUUUGUUUCUCACCACAAACUCUGAUGUUACCCUGCAUGUCCAGCUAGUAGCCAAAAAAGUGGACUCAUGAGUGUUUACCUUUCUAAUUCCACAAUUACGUUAGUACAUAGAAGACUGCUGAUAUAAACAUGCUGUAAAGAUGUCAUUGUUACAUUGUUAUAUAAGUUACAUUUUAAAGGUCAAAGAUUACUCAACGCUGAUUGGUCAGAAGUUGUGCAUUAUUUUCAUAUAAUUGCACAGGUUGAUAAUAAUUGAUAAUGUGCUUGUUUCAUUCAUUUGCUUUAAUAUAACAGCACAAUCUGUCGUGUUAUUACUUACGUAUUACAAAAGUGAAUGUUACUAAGAAAUGCUUUACUGUGAAAACUGCACAGUUCCACAGUUCUAUAAAUCGUUCCGUCUCUGUGUUCAUUUCUGAUAUCUACUGUGUAAAUUGUAAGACAUUAAAACAUUGUAUUCAUAAGGAAAAAAAACCACUAAAACAUUAGUUACGUAAUGAGACAGAUUGUCGAUUUACUUUGAGAACAGUAGCGCUGAAAAUGAAAGAGGGAUUCUACUUCCUUACAUUAUUACCUUUCCUUAUUAUAUUACUAUUUUUUGUGAUUUCAAUUUAUUGAUGUUUUGAAUAAUUGUAAUAAUUUUCCAAUAGUUUUCUUUUUUUCUGUUGCGGAAGAAAUCAUUUACUGAAUAUUUAAAUCAUGUUUAUAUAUACAUUUGCAGUCAGUAAGCAGAUCUUUUACGUCUGUGAAAAGUUUGGAAAUGGUGUACUGUCCUACUCUUGUCAUUUUUCUUUUCUGUAAAUUAAUUUUGAGCUACAGUA